GUGACAAUGCGUGUGGUGAUUGUCUUCCUCUUGUCCGCCCUGCUUCCACUCUCUCACUCCCAUGGACAGGACCCCUUUGCUUGGCUGUACGGCCCACGGAGCCAAAGAUUUGGCUCUCUGCAGGCCGACACCACAGGAGGGGAGUGUCCAGAGGAGUGCGAUUGCCCCCCCACUUUUCCAGUCGCCAUGUACUGUGAUGGGCGAGGCCUGACAGCCAUGCCAACCAUCCCCUCCCGCGUGAAAUACUUGUACCUCCAAAACAAUGCCAUCACAGCUGUGUCCGACUCAGCUCUAGUAAAUGCAACCAAUCUGGUGUGGCUCAUGAUGCACCACAACCAGCUGACAUCUGACGGCAUUGGCGCAAAGGCAUUUCUACAUUUGAACGUACUAGAGCGUUUAUAUCUGCAACACAACAAUUUGACUGCCUUUCCUUCAAACCUCCCUCGCACCCUGCGAGACCUGAGGAUCAACCACAACAAGAUUGAAAAGGUAACAACCACAGACAUGGAGGGAAUGGAUAACCUCACUAUCCUGUAUUUCCAUGACAACGCUGUCACAGACAUGGGCUCAUCAUUGAAGGCUCUCAAAUCCCUCACACUGCUGGACAUCAGCGGCAACAAGUUGACAAAGGUCCCAGAGGGACUCCCAGAACAUCUGCACCAACUCUAUCUGGAGUCCAACUCCAUUGAUUCUCUACCAGAAGGUUUCCUGGGCCAGUUCACUCAGCUGCAGUAUGUCAGGAUGGCUCACAACCAGCUAACAGACAAGGGUAUCCCUGCCGACACCUUCAAUGUGACUGGGCUGGUGGAGCUGGACCUGAGCUUCAAUAAACUGGAGAGGAUCCCCCCAGUGAGCACCACACUACAGCAUCUCUAUCUGCAAGCCAACCAAAUCAAAGAGUUUACGCUGGGUAGUUUCUGCAGCUUUGUGGAUGUGACCAACUUCUCCAAGCUCCGCACUCUGCGACUGGAUGGGAAUGAGAUCAGCCGCCUGGACAUCCCUACAGAGUCAACCCUCUGCUUGCGCCUGACUUCAAGCAUUGAGGUCUAA